AUGGCCCAGUCCGUGCGGGAAGAAACAGGUGGACACUCCAGACUUGAAGAUCUCGUCCUCGUUGCCGACAAAGAUGCCCAGAUCCAAGAAGUUCUUGAUCAGCACCUUGUGCGCCAGGAAGUGGACAUCCUCCCACUGCGCACCGGGCCGGAUCUGGGCCAUGCACUGGGUCUGCAUGUCCAGAACCGCGUUGUAGAUCUCGAGGUGCUCCUUGGUCCACUUACCGUUAAUCGGGAAACAUCUGGUCACGUCGGCAGCGUAGCACUCCCACUCGGCACCGGCGUCGAUCAGCACACUUUCCUUACCGGCCAUGUCCUGGUCGUUCUUGAUGUAGUGCAACGUGCCGCAGUUUGGUCCCGAGCAGCAGAUUGGGUCGUAAGCAGAGAACUUGGAUCCUUGACGGAUCGAGUGAUACAGGAACUCUGCGUGGAUGUGGCCCUCGUUCUUCUCUAUUGGAAGUGCAGACAUCACUGCCAAAUGCGAGUUGUCGGUGAUUUUGGCAGCCUUGCGCAAAAGCUCGAUCUCAAACGAGUCUUUGAUCAGCCGGGCCUCGUCCAGAGCGUAGAAGAAAUGCUUGUCGCCUGGAAUCACGUACUUGGCAAAUGA